GUACAGAGUAGUUCGAUGCAAGCAUUUAAGUUUUAACAAACUUUUAUUCUCGGUUACCAGAGUGAAACUUUUAGUUUAAAGUCUUAAUUCCGUGAAACGAUGGCCGCAUACGACUUCGGCAAUUUUGACUUCGGAGAAUCUUCGGAUAUUUCACCGGAUUUUUCCGCUGUGUAUGGCCCAGCCGGAGGAACUGAGGUGAUAACCGGUCACCAGGUUAACGUGCCUAAAGUUGUUUUUUCCGGCUUGAUUUGCGCAUUUGGACUCAUAGGCAACAUGAUGGUAAUCUUCGUUAUCCUGGUUCUACAGGAAUAUAAAAAGUCGGUGACGCACUGGUAUGUACUGCAACUUGCCAUAGCUGACUCUUUGUUCCUCUUAACUCUACCUUUUAAAAUGGUGGAAGAUAUGAACGGAAGAUGGAUAUACUCGGAAUGGAUGUGUAAAGCUAAAGAAACUUUGCUUUUCCUAAACUACUACGCUUCUAUACUUUUUCUUAUGAUUAUGAGUCUUGACCGAUACAUUGCUGUGUGUCAUACUUUCUCCACCCAGCUGCAGAAACUUAGAAAGCCUGUUGUGUCAGUAAUGAUCACUGCAGUGACGUGGCUUGUUUCACUGCUCAUAUGCAUACCAAUCAUGUUGUACAGUUUCAAGGUUGGGAUAAAAGGAUCUUGUAUAUGCAGCUAUCGGUUCCCCCCGGAUCCAGUGAAUGAAACAGCUCGAUGUCUGGAAAAUGGAUAUACUACGGACAGAAUUGAUGAAUGCCUUAAGAUAGGACAAGAACCUUCUGGGCCAGAACCAUACUGCACUGACCUUAACAUUCAUUUCAACCUCUCCGCUCUUGGUAUUGAAUUUGGUGGAAGCCUUGGGAAUAUUGAUUUAACGGGAGGCGGAGGUGACGGUGGAUUGGGCGGACUUGGUGGAUUUGGCGGAAUCGGCGGAUUUGGCGGAAUGGGAAACACUUCUUCAGGAAAUUCAGACAAUUCUACUGGCAUUGGAUUUCCGGGAAUCGGUAUGCCAGUUUUCCCACCAGCCCCUACCACCCCCACAGCUACUAUGACAACAGUACCGCAGUAUAAUUUCGAGGCAGGAAUCGCACCUGAGUGUCACUACUGGACACGACCACGGGGUUGGACAAUCUUUAAUGUCUUCAAUUUUAUUGUCAUGUUUCUGCUCCCGUUUUUGGUCAUGGUAGCGUGUUAUGGGCUUAUCAUACAUCGUCUCUCCACCACGCGCAUGCGCACUGUCGAGCACGCAAAGCAACCAACAACCGACGUCUGGUAGAGGACGUAAAGGGUCCUC